CCUUCUAUUUCAUUCCCCAUUAUAGCAUAAUUCUCUUCUCAAGGCUCACCAUGCUCGGGCAUCCUACAUUCUUAACGGACGUAAGGACAGGCGCAAUGGCGGGUGCGAAGUUAGGUCUUUUUGUAAUGGAGUCGGCCUUCAUACAUAUGUGCCAUGGGCUCGAUAAUACGCUGGGGAAAGUGCUCGAGGAAUAUCGAGUGGCACUGACACCUGAGCGAUGCGCUACAAGGAGGAUAUCGUACCGUAACAGCCGAUGGGGGAUCACCGUUCGUUGCGACCUCAACGAUACUUUCGUUCUUGAGCAUGAUGAUGCUCUCCAGGCUUUAAUAAGGCUGACAAGAGAAGUUAGAGAUAUUCAUGAUAACAGGCUGAUACACUUCACUUCGUCAAUGGCCGAAAGGUCAAUACUCGCGAAACGUCUCAUUCGUACGGUCCCUUUUACAGGCUCCCCAGCAACGAUGGAGCUGUGGGAAUACAAUCAACCAUCCAGACCUCGCGUGACCAGGUGUCUACAGCUUCUCCAGGCCCCACAGGAGCCCCCUCCUCCUGGCUCUCCCCACACUCUGCAGCAGGCCCCACAGGAGCCCCCUUCUCUUGGCUCUCCUCAGGCCCUGCAGCAGGCCCUUCCCCCUAACACUCUUAAUUCGUCGCAGCAUAUACCUUCAUCCACCUCUUCUCAUUCCUCGCAGCAUGCCCUCCCCUCUAUCCCUCUUAUUUCCGCCGAGCCGAUAUCAUUUUAAAGUCUUUUAUAUUUUUUUAUGAUUACGACUGAAAGAAUGCAU